AUGAAAACCCUAAAUAUUAUUUUCUAUGGCCUUCUCUGCCAACUGGUACACAGCACACCCAUUCAAGUCGACCAGCUGAACGUCGAGACAUCCUGCGAGAUCGAAGGCGGCGACGAGAUUGCCAAUCUGGCUUGUCAUAAUGCGUGUGUUCUUCAGGGUCAUGGGUGGACGGGUGGAUAUUGCGAUGGAGAGCUGAUAUGUCAUUGCACGUUUUGA